AUGCGAAUCUUUAAGUGGUCUCCAGAUUUCCGGCCAGACAUGGAGUCUCCUAUAGUCCCUGUCUGGAUUGCUUUUGAAGGCCUUCCGGCACAUCUACGAGACAAGAGAGCCCUCUAUUCGAUUGCCAAUCUAAUUGGCAAACCUCUCAAGGUCGACGCGUCCACCUUGACACACAACCGGCCGUCCAUGGCUCGAGUAUGUGUUGAGCUAAAUGUCUGCAAUAGUCUCCAAUACCAAAUAUGGAUCAUUAACAGCUCAUAUGGAGGUUUUGCUCAAAAGGUCUGUUAUGAAUACAUCCCUCCCUACUGCAUGGGAUGUCGGAAAUUUGGCCAUACUGAAUCAGAUUGCAGAAUCACGCAACCUCAUCCUGAUCCCCGUCGUGAGACUCCAAAAAGCAAGGAAGUUGAUACAACUCAGCAACCGUUGCUAGUUCCGCCAAGAAAGAGAUGGCGUCCACUAUUAACCCAAUCUGAAGAACCACAAUAUGUAGGUUCAGAUGACCCGGUUAAUCCUCAGAUUGACACUACGCCUGUGGACUCGGAAAGUGCUGCAUUGCCGCUGACAAUACCAGAUGUUAACGCCUCCAUCGGGCGGGUUCUAAUUGAUGAUCAGGGAAUUCAACCCUCGCCCUCAUCGGACUCGCAAGCAGGCCAUCACUCUGACGGGGAUGAGGUACGGAAUGCACGAGUCUUCUCUCAAUCUCUGCCCCUUGAUUCUUGGAAGGAGGCGAGCAAACUGUUUGAUACUAAAUUGGGGAAAUCAAAGGCAGAUGACUUUAUAGCUGUCACAAAGAAAAAAAGUAGGCCCCGGAAAGAUUACUCUGCGAACACCCCCUCUGUCACCACACGCUUGGCAGCGGUUAUUGAGCCUUUUUUACCUACUAGUCGACUGGAAAAUUUUGCCCGAGAGUUCAGAUUUUCAGGAGGAUAUGCAUCCAGAGAGUCGAAAAUUUGGCUUUUGUGGUCAGAUUCUUUUGAAAUUGAAGUUGAGGAGGACAGUGAUCAGUAUGUCAUGUGCAAGGCUCGCUACGAACCUUGGCAGUUAACCUUUCAUUUUAUUGCUAUUUAUGCGAAACACACUAGAGCAGACAGAGCCCAGUUAUGGACACAACUUUCAGAUUGUAUAGAAGAUAAUAGACCACUACUUCUGGCAGGAGACUUUAAUGUAAUUUCAAGCAUCUCAGAGUAUAGAGGCAAUGCUCUUCCGGAUGUCAAUUGCAUUUCUGAUUUUUCCAACUUCAUUACCGAUAAGUCGCUUAUUGAUCUGGCUACGAUAGGCAGGUUAUACACAUGGCAUGGCAUCUGUAAUACAGGAGCUGUCUGGAAACGGCUAGAUCGUUUCCUGAUGAAUCCACCUCUAAGAGAUUACUUUACGGAGGUUCGAAUAAAUGUCUUAGCCAGGACGUCUUCAGAUCAUUCCCCGAUCCUCCUAAGUGGGACUAAUAACACUUUGUCAUGCCCAAAACAGUUCCAUUUUCAAACAAUGUGGACCUCCCAUCCAGAUUUCAUCAAUGUUGUUAGACUAAAUUGGAACCAGCAGGCUGAUGGAGGAGGAAUGCGGGCACUGGCUUUUAAAAUAAAGCGCCUCAAACAUUGCCUCCGAAUUUGGAAUAGAGAUACUUUCGGGAACGUAUUUGAUCGUAUUCGAGUCCUGGAAUCUUGUGUGGCAGAAGCAGAGAACACCUUUGAUGAUGAUCCUUCACCAGGUAGUCGGGAAUCACUUCAUAAACUCCAGGCUGAUCUCCUACAAGCUCUCAAACAGGAGGAAAUGUUUUGGAAGCAAAAGGCUAGAGUGAAAUGGCUAAAAGAGGGAGAUUCCAACACCCGAUUUUUUCACGCUGUGGUUAAGGACAGGCAUCGGAGACAGAGAAUAAGUGCUAUCAAAUCAGGUACGGGGGAGCUGCUCACAACUCAACCGGCUAUUCAGACGGAAGCGGUAUCCUUCUUUUCUGGUUUAUUCUCAGCAGAGGACUGCCCAGGAAUGGAGGCUUUACUUUAG